AGUAUGAGUGUAGUCUGACGAAGGAUGGGUGCCGAUCUAGUUCUCAGCUUUUCUCGCAAACUGUUCAUCUGAUAGAGAAAUCGUCGUUUUCUAUUUUUAGUUCUUUCAAUGAAGUUUGUGACUCAAGGAGCAUCUGUGCAGCUACUGCAUGUUAUGUAGAAGCGGGAAGAUAAACAGAUUCAUUGCGAUCUUAAUUCAGUAAAUACGAAGCAAGCAGAUAUGUGUGACACAACUGUCCUGCAGGCAAGGGUCGAGUCCUCACUUCCUCUGUUUGUAGAGGGACUUACACGUCGGUCACACAUCUCACUCUUCACUGUCAGUUCCGACUAGAGUGUAAAGAAACAUAUCUAUCUCUAUGUUCCGAUGCACGGACAGACUUUUAGACGGACCUUGAGUAACAAAAAUCUGUAUCCCCAGAGAGCUCAUCCAGCGUGAGGCGAACAUAAUAGCCCUGAAUAUAUUUCUCUUUCUAACCCUACUAGUGAUCUCAGGUCACUAUAUUGAAAACUUAAAACUCGACAUCUCCAUGUGCAGUGCUUUGAUAUUCUUUACACAGAAAGGAAAAAGAGGAAAUAUAAAGAAAUAUAUUGACCAAGAUCAGGCUCCUUCGCAGCCGCGUGCCCGGGUACAUCAGACCCGUUUCACCCUGUCCACAAGGUCAAGUCAGAGAAUGUCUGUCGCACCGAAUUACAGUCGCCGUGUAAUCACCAGAAAGACAAGGGCUUUGCGUCUGGUGGUUUAUUCAUUUUUUCUUGUGACGGCAGACACCUGGGGAGGUGGAGAGGGACACCAGCGAAACCCCUGUACUUUCCCGACUACCACUGGGACUGUUUGCCUUGCACAUAAAUGUUUACACUGUAACAUUUACAAGAACAAUUUACAGGUUGGCUUCUCUGUAACGGACUGUAAAUAUUGCUCUAAAGAUUCUGCCUGUUGUAUCCGGUGGGACGAUAACAAUCUUUUACUGGACUGCAGACCUUGCUCUACAGAUGAUGCCAGUUGUAUCAAGUGCGAGGAAAGCUGCUGUACAGAAGUUCCUCCUCCCUCUAAUAAAGAAGCCCCAAAAUCCACAACCACUCUAUCCUUGAGUUCGAGUUUGUCGACAUCAACCCACAAAGAAGAUGGAGAUGGAAACGACGUUCAUUUGUCUGCCUGCAAAACAAUCUGCAUUCUAGGUGCACUUUUGGCAUUCAUUGUUGGAGUCAUCGUGGGCCUUCUCGUAGCUUGGCUUAGACACCGGAAAUGCAGUAACCCGCUUCAAGAGUCGCCUGCCAACACCGGAAUGUCUGAGAUGGUCAACACCAGACACGACCACAAAGACCGACAAGAAGCAUCAGGAAACAAUUGCGAGGAUGUCCAUUCCUUGGCCCAGGUACUCAACCUGCCCAGUGACGUCGCAUCUGUUCUCCAGCCAGAGACUUCUACUGUUCCUAACGAUCAAGAUUCUGGAGCUGGCGUGUACUCUCAUCUUCGUGUUGUCAGUGAAGCUGAGACUACAGAGUACACACCUCUGACGCCUCCAGACGAGAACAACAUCACAACGCCGCCUGCUUCCCAGCAAAUGAUGGCUACUCAACAUCUUCCCAACAUCGACGAGGCUGGAUAUGAGAUACCAGUGGUUCUUAACCUUGUUUGAGGUACCGAACCCACAAGUUUCAUAUGCACAUUCACCGAACACUUCUUUAGUGUCAUCACGAAUUGCGGGUGUGUCUUGACCUCCGUGGCGGAGGCUCCGCCGAACCCCCGAGACCGACUCACCGAACCCCUAGGGUUCGAUCGAACAUCCUUUAAUAACCACUGCUCUAGACCUUCUGAACCUCUCAGACAUCAGAGCGCCACCUUACGGCAGGCACUCUCCCUAGACCCUCUCGAGGUACGUUUCGACGACGCAGAAGGCUUGAUCGUCAUGACAACCAAUGACAACGUACUGACUACGAGCUGGCUAAGGUCGUCAGCGACAAAAGCUCUCUGUAGCUGGAUUUUGUCGCAGCAUCAUCAUGUAAUUGACCUUAAUGUAUCUCAACACCACGUAAUAUUUACGUGUAAUAACCAUCAAAUGACAACUAGCACAGUGCUAACUUUUCCCUUUAAAGUUACUUCCUUUGCUUUCAGCAUUUAAGUAUGCAAUGGUUUUCGUCUGAUGGUCAUCGCUAGAAAAUACUUUUACUGAAAUGCAAUGAGACUGACGAAUGCAACUGGCCCUCAUCCCCUCAUCUCACGUACGUGACCUGUACGACUAAAACAGUUGUCAGCCAGACAAAGGACUCCUCGUGGCUUUUCCUCUGUUUCAGAAUAUUCUUCAUCGAGAUGAAGAGAUAGUUAUUCUACAUCCUGAGAUGUUUCCGAAUCUGAGCUAGAAAAAAAAAACAACAACAAAAAACAAAACAAAAGAAAUUUAAAUACCCCCAAGCACUUAUUGCAAAAUAUUAAUUAUGAAAAUGGUUUUUGAUGAAAUACAUCUUUGAUAUUAAAUUAUUAAUUUGAUUAUAUGCAUCUCCAUUUUAGUGAUGCCUCAAUUCAAGUGCCGAUCACUUCUCUCUCCCCUUAGAACCUAAUGGACAUUUCUGUAAAUAGUUCCAGCACCUGGAAAUAGUUAACUACCUUGUUCGAUUCAUAUUUUACAGCACAGCAUAUGUUAGAAAAGUGUUUCCGUCUGUAAAGCGUUCUUAAUAAAACUGUUUUUUCCAGUUAUUUAAUAAAAAUUAUUUUUCAAGAA